CAGCCCACGUAGUAGCACAUUAAACCAUAUUAAAUUGGUUGGCAUUAAACCCCAAAGAAGCGUUCUCCAAUUUCAUCCAAAACCUGAACGGUAAAACCAAGCAAAACGUUUUUUAAUUUCCUCCAACCUCUGUAAGAGUUGGUUACUCAUAAAGAUGAUUGGAUCAUAAGGGUUAGGAUUUGUCGAAUGUGGGAUGCCAUUAAUCCCAAAAAUAACGGCGAAUUGAUCAGUUUGGAUAUGAUUUUUAUUGAUGAAAAGGGAAAUUUGAUGCAUGCUAUUGUUAGAAAGAGUCAUGUUCACAGGUUUAAACACAAGUUGAUUGAAGGUGCUUUAUUUACCAUCAAGAACUUUAAAGUCGUAGAAAGUUGUGGUGGAUAUAGACCUGUCGAAAGUUCAUUGAAAAUUAUUUUCUUUGCCUCAACUGCGAUCAAGAAAUUAUCCGAAGAUAUUGGUGAUAUUCCUAUUAACGGAUUUCAGUUUAUUAAACCUGAUAUGAUUGAGUCAAGGGUGCACAACAACACUAUCUUAUCAGACGUGGUUGGUUGUUUAUACGGAGUUGGGGAUAUGGAGAGCGCUGGAUCAAAGUGGAAAAAAAGGGACAUCCAAAUUGUUACAGAUUAUUCGGCAAAAUCAAAAAUUACCUUAUGGGAAGAAUUUGGAGAACAGUUUGCUCCUUAUUUGUACAAGAAGGAUUCUGGCCCAUAUAUAGUCAUUGUAACUUCCACCACAGUUAAAGAAUUCCGUGGUGAGGUUAGCUUCUCCACCACCUCUGCAAGCAAAGUAUAUGUAAAUCUUGAUAUAGAUUACAUAAGAUCUUUGAUGCAAAAGUUUUCCACCAUGUCUGCGGGAGUGCAAAUUAUCGAAAGCUCUAAUGUUAAUACCAUUCCUAUAGAGGAAGAGAUGUUUUUUAACCGGAUGGACAUUAAGGAGUUGUUGGAGUCUGAUUGGAGUCCUAAAAUACAGGAAUAUGUUGUUACUGUAAGGGGAAAAAUUACAGGAAUACGGGACUAUUUUGGCUGGUACUACAUUUCGUGCAAUGUCUGUUCAAAGAAGAUUAAACCCGCAGAUGGUGUAUAUCGAUGUCACCAGUGCAAUAAGGAUUGCAAGUUUCCUUUGGUGAAGUACAAGAUACACAUAAAAGUGAAAGAUAAAACUGGGGAUACUACCGUUGUCCUAUUCAAUGAUGUGGCUGAGAAACUCCUUGAUACAUCAGCUCACAAGUUGUUCAACAAGCUGCCAUUGAGUAACAAUAAUGAUGUACCUGCCCAAAUUGAAAGCCUCUGCGGGAAAGAUUUUGUUUAUAAGCUUAAAUUAAAUAAGUUUAAUUUGGUAGAGGGGUUUGAAAAUUUUACAGUAUCCAAGCUUUGGAUUCCAGAUGAGGAUUUGGAAGUACAAUACAAGUUGAGGAAAGAGGAAACGGGGAAGAACUUACUAGAGGAUGAAAGCGAGCCUAAAGAUCAGGGGAACAAAGGAUUGUUCAAUGAAAUGGCAUCUGCUAUUGUUGUAGUGGAUAGCUUGGAAGAUCCUGAGGAAGAACUACAUGCCAUUGAUGGGGCUAAGAGUAGAAAAAGAAGAAACCUAAUCGUAGAUGAUGACGAAUCAACUGAUGAAGACACAAAUAAGUGCAAGAAAUAGACUGUUUAGUGUUGCCACAGAACUUUAUCUGUUGUUUGAGCUUAGACAAAAUUGUUCGGUCCUUUUUCCCUUCUUAGUUCAGUGUCCCCAGUAGAAGUAUGUUGAUGAAGAAAAUGCUUUGUUAAUGUCAUGUAACUAUAGUCUGAAGUGAUGAUAUCCAUACUUGUAUGGUUUUAUCCUGACUUUUAUUUCCUCUGUUUUUGGAUAAAUAAAGAGUUUGCUGUUAUCGGA